AACCUCUAGUUAGUGUUUAUUAAAGCCUCUAGUUAGUGUUAGUAAACCUCUAGUUAGUGUUAUUAAAGCCUAUAGUUAGUGAUUAGUAAACCUCUAGUUAGUGUUCAGUAAACCUCUAGUUAAUGUUUAGUAAACCUCUAGUUAGUGUUAGUAAACCUCUAGUUAGUGUUAGUAAACCUCUAGUUAGUGUUCAGUAAACCUCUAGUUAGUGUUAGUAAAGCCUCUAGUUAGUGUUAGUAAACCUCUAUUAGUGUAAACUAUCUACCCCUCCUCCUUUUCUCUUCUGUGUAUGUUUGCAGGCCAGAGCUUCAGGAGUUGCAUGCUGACCUGCAGUCGCCCCUCUGAUCAUCCCACUGCUGCUUCCAUCUGUCUGGAUGUGUGUUGGAUACCUGCUGACAUCCUGCUGACAUCCUGACCUGACAUCACCUCGACCCCAGUGGCAGUUGUUGGUUCUGCAGGACCAGAACCGGGUCUUCAGGUUUCCUGGUGUUCUGGUUAUAUGAAUCUAACAGAGACGGUGUCGUGUUCCUGCAGAUGUUUGGCGGUAAAAAGCAGAAGCCUCCUCCCAGGUGGAGGAAGUGCUGGCAGAGGUCCACUUCCUCUAAAGCUUCACGCUGAGCGUAAACAGAGUCUCACUUCUGGAUUCUGUGACCGACCCGGACCGGAGCAGAGACGGAGCUCAGAGCAGCAGCUGCAGCCACCUGAUAUCUGGUGGAUAAACGGUGUGAUUGGUGAUUCCAGUCUGGAGGAGAUGCGUCGCCCGCUGCUCCCCCUGCUGGUCUGCCUGAGUCCUGCACUUCUGUUCCUGCUGCUGCCCUGCAGCACCGGCGCGGCGCAGGAGGAGUCCUGGGAGGACUACAAAGAUGGCCACCAGCCUCCGCCGGAGCCCAAGUGCACCUGGGAGUGCGUCCUGUUCACCCUGCAGUGGCCGGGGGGGUUCUGUCUGUCUCUAAACAACGAGAGUCUCUGCAGGAUCCCUGAGAGCGUCAACAACUGGACGAUCCACGGCCUUUGGCCCAUCAAGGCUCACACCUGCUGCAACUGCUGGCCCAUGUUCCACUCCGACGUCCAGGAACUGGAGGAGGAGCUGGAUCAAUACUGGCCGUCGCUGCUGAAAACCAAAUCCCGCUUCCAGUUCUGGAAGGAGGAGUGGAGGAAACACGGUGCUUGUGCAGCUUGCGUCGAGGGGUUCAACUCUCCGCUCAAAUACUUCCAGAUCUGCCUGAAACUGCGACACCACUUUGACAUCCAGAGGCUGCUGGAGGACGCCGGCAUCACUCCGUCCUGCGAACGGCUGUACAAGGUCGGGGAAUGGUCCAGCGUCCUGGAUCCACAUCUGGGGAACAAGACGGAGGUCCAGUGCGUCACAGACGACCAGGAACGGGAGGUUUUGUUCCAGGUGAAGGUCCCGCUGUCCCGCAACCUGACGGUUGGCUGUGAUCACCAUGGCAACGCCGACGGAGGCCCGGGACUUGGACCGGGAUGGUCCUACUCCUCGGGGCACCCCUGCCCCCCCGGCGUCCCCUUCUUCUACUUCCCGGUGAACCACCAGCAGCCGCGGCGGCCGUGCGGCUGACGGCACCGCCGGGAACUUCCAGAACUUUCUCUGUAAAUGUCGUUUCCUGUUUCUUUGUCGUCAUUAAACACAGAAGUGGA